AUGAACUUUUUUGAAUUCACUAAACCAAUAAUAACUUCAGUUAUAUGUUUUAUUCAAACAAGUCUAAAUCACAUUGUUUCAACCACGUUAGUGUCUACAAUCUGGUGUGAAUGCACAAUCAUAGAAAAUUUGCUUAAACAAUUUUACCAUUUGAGAGAGGAGUAUUCAGCACCACAAACCAGUUUCAAGAUACACUGCCUUCUUGAAUAA